AUGAUUCCGCCAAUUUCAAUGUCAUAGAGUUUAAAAAGUAAGUCACACUCUUAAUUGAUUGAUGAUGAAUCAGAUCUAAGUAAUAAAAGAAAGUUACAAGAGAUUGAAAUUGAUAAUUAAUUAUGCAAUUAAUAAUAACUAAUAACACUAGGGAAUACUGAAAUAUACUUUCCUCACAAACCUUAUGAUGUUUAAAUAAAUUAUAUGAAAAGUGUGGUUUAAACAUUAGAUGGAAAAUUUAAUGCAUUGUAUAUUUACAUUUUUGAUUUUCAAAUUUAGAUUAGAAUCUCCAACUGGAACAGGAAAGACCUUAUCUUUAUUAUGUGCAUCUUUAGGAUGGUUAUAGAAACACCGAAAAGAAUAAUAGAAAAGUAAUAACCCAAUUAAAUUAAGAAUUAUUUAUGCUUCAAGAACACAUGCAUAAUUAAAGUAGGUUGCUUAAGAAUUAAAGAAAACUAUUUAUAAACCUAAUGUAUCUAUGUUAGGAUCGAGAGAUUAAUAUUGUUUAAGAGGAGAUUUUUAUAACAUUAAAGGAAAUCUUUUAAAUUAAAAUUGUAGGAAAGUAAUAAAGGCAAAUCAAUGUCAAUAUUACAAAAAAGAUAUUGUAAUGUUUAUGGCAUCAUAAUAUAAAAAUUUGAUUAAUAGUUUAGAAGAAUCAAAAUAAUUUGGGUAUAAAAAUAAAGUAUGUCCUUAUUAUUUUGAGAGAUAAAGAUUGGAUGAAGCUGAUUUAAUACUUCUUCCAUAUAAUUAUUUAUUAGAAAAAGAAUUUUAAGAUUAUAUAACAAUUGAUAAUUCAAUAUUGAUAUUUGAUGAAGCACAUAAUGUAUAAUCAACAGCUGAAGAUGGAUCUUCAUUUUUUAUAACAUAAAAUAUAAUUAUAGAGGCUGAAAAAGAUUUAGAAAAAUGGAUAGAUGAGUUGGAGAGUGUACCAUUAUUUUAUGAAUAAUUAAAAGUCAAACUUAAUUAGUCAAAACUUUGUAAUGAAUUAAAAGAAUAUAGAGCAAUUUUAAUAACAAUAAGAACUUUUUCAUAAUAUAUUGAAUAAUUAAAAUAAUAGCCAAUAUUCACAUUAUAAGAUACAAAUGAAAAAUAUCAAAUUUUAGAUGCUAGAUAAAUUUAAGAUUUAAUUUUUUAAUAUACAUCUGAUUAAGAUAAUACAUUUAGAUUAUGGACUGAUUCAGUAUUAACUAAUUAUGCAAAAGGAAUAACAAGAAAUAAUAUUGCUAGAUAUUUAUCACAUUGUAUGAUUUUAAUAGAUGUUAUGGGAGAAUUAUCACAAUAUCCUGCUCAUCAUUUUGAAUCAUGGACUAAAUUCAUAAUGAAUGUAUAUGACUUAAUCAGAAUGGAAGAUGAAAGAGAAAAAUAAAAGUUAUCUUUAUCUUCAUUACUUAAUUAAUUUAAUUAAUAUAAACUAUCAUUCGUUAUUGAUGUUGCUAAUUAAUUAUCUAUAUAUAUGUGGUGUUUAGAACCAUCAUUAGCAUUCAAAAGAAUACUUUAAAAAAAUAUUCAUUCUGUUUUAUUAACAUCAGGCACAUUAUCACCUCUAUAAUCAUGGACAUGUGAAUUAAGAAUGAACUUUUAAACUUAAUUUUAAAGUCCUCAUAUUGUUAACAUUAAAUCAAAUCUUAUAGUUUUUUAACAUAAACAAUUUGAUUUCUCUUUUAAUUAAAGAAAUAAUGAUGAAUAAUUUAAUAAAUUAGGAUAAAAUCUAUUAAACCUCUCUUAUGUAAUUCCAAAUGGAGUUUUAGUUAUAUUUUCAUCUUACAGUCUUAUGUUUAAAUGUAGAAGCAAAUUGACAGCUAAUAAAAUAUUAUUUAGAUUAAAUGAAAUCAAAAAUUGUUUAUGGGAACCAUAAUAGACUGCUGAAAUGUAAAAUGUUUUUUAAUCAUAUAAAUAACAUGCAAAGAAAGGAGCAAUUAUGUUUGCAGUUUAAAGAGGGAAGAUAGCUGAAGGAAUUGAUUUCUCUGAUGAAUUAUGUAGAGCAGUAUUUUUAGUAGGAGUUCCUUAUCCACCUAAAUAGGAAAAUAAAGUAUUAUAGAAAAUGGAAUAUCUAGAAAAAAUAUAUAAUGAUCCUGAAUUUAAUGAUCAAGAUAGAUUAAGAAGCUAAGAGUGGUAUUGUUAAUAAGCUAUUAGAGCCACUAAUUAAGCUUUAGGUAGAGUUAUUAGGCAUAUUAAUGAUUAUGGGUAUUUUAUUAUUAUUAUUAAGAAUUGUCUUCUUAUGUGAUAGGAGAUUUGAAAAUAAGGAUAUUAAAAAAGGAUUAUCUGAAUGGGUUAAACCUGCUAUUUAACCUUGGAUUAAUGAUGAUGAUAUACUUAAAUAAACUAAAGCUUUUUAUAAUCGUACUGAAAGUGCAUUUUAAACACCUGAUAAUAAGAAUAUGACUGAAGAAAAGAUGAAUUCAUAAUCUGAAGUCAAGAAAAGAAAUCUUAAGCUUUUCGGUCUUAAAUGCUAAAGGUAAUUAGAAAAACUUAAAUCUGAUUCUUUAUAUGAUGUUGAUUAAAAAGAAUAUUCUGAAUAAGUGAUAUAAAUAGAAUCAAAACUAAUUACUGAAUCUAAAUAACCUAUUGAAUAACAAGAAAUUAUUAAUAAUAAUAAUGGUGGUG